CAAAUUCUGUGCGCUUGCGCUACAGCGCGAAUUUCAGCAAUCCAUAUCUAUCAUCCGCAUCUUCUUUGCAUCGUCUAUACGUUUUACUGGGUCCCGACGCGCAAAAACGAACGCUGCGUAUGAACGACGCGAGUAACUGCGCUUCCCUGACAAGCGCGAAAAUGCGCCGCGCAAUCAGUUACAGCGCAAUGUAUAGGACUAACAGGCCCGCUCGUUAUCAGGGGCAGUGGCAAGAAAAUGUGAAGCGUUCUUGCCGCUUGACAAUUUUAAAAGCUAUUACAAGAUAGAAACAAAGCUGCAUUCACUGACAUUAUUGAAGGGCAAUAUGGCGAACGGUGAAGUGCCAGCUCGGCAGGUCGAGCGCGGCCUGCGCGCCUGCGCCGUGGUGGCAGCGAUGGUGACGGCGGUGGCGCAGGCGCCUAGCAGCAGCAGCGGCGCUGCAGGGCCUCGGCCCAGCAGUUGCGGCCUGCACGUGCGUAGCGGAGGGGGCCACGUGGAGGUGGACAGCGCGGCGUCGCCCAAGAAGCUGCGCCGGCGCGCAGGUUGAGGCCGGCCGGUGUCUGGUUAGCGGUCUUUGCUGGCGAGCAUAGCACCGCACAGUAUGUGGUAGGCCGCAGCAGAGAGGAGUGUUGUGGCUAGAGGAUUCCCUGCGGUUUGGUUGACUGCUGGCUGUGCUUGUGCUUUACAGCGGGACGCAGCUGACACAUGACGGGCAGUGCCUGUACGAACCGACCCCGGCUAUGUCCGGGCGAUGAGGUUGUUCGGCCUCAGAGAGUGGAGGGGCUCAGCCCCUUUUCCCGUGACCGGGGAACACUUGCCUGUGAGAGGGACGUCUUGUCUUUGUGCCGCUGCAACCUUGGAACCUCCAGAGGUGCGAUGGGACAGGGUAAGGGGCAGGUUGGCUAAGGUUGGCGUAGUACCGUCGUGUGCAGCGUAUUUACAGACCCCAACAUUCCAUUCAUGACGUCAAGGCAAGACCGCGCGGCACCCUUUCUCGUGUACGGAUGGGAAGUCAAAGACCAUGGUCACUUAAGCCCCAGGGUUGAUUUAGCUUAUGGAGCCAGAAGACCAGGAGCCAGCACAGCAGUAGCCCGAAUCCAGGGGAGCAGCAGACAGGUGAAACGAAGCAGUUGGUCCCCUUCAGGCCCUCUCCCAUCGAGCAGGGGUUUGGACAGCCUGGACGUGUCGGCCAGCGAAGCGGACACGGUGUCCAAGUGUGUAAAUUGCCGCCUGA